AUGUGCGGUGUCUCAGCUAUACUGUUGGGUGACCCCAAAGCCACCACGGCUGCGGUCGACCUGCACGAAUCCUUAUAUUUCCUGCAACAUCGAGGACAAGAUGCCGCGGGCAUUGCCGUGUGCCAGGGCGGAAGAGUCUAUCAGUGCAAGGGAAAUGGAAUGGCCGCAAAGGUGUUUGACGAGGGAAAGCGCACAGUCGAUCUCCCCGGCUUCAUGGGUAUUUCCCAUCUUCGGUACCCAACUGCGGGCACCGCGUCUGCAUCCGAAGCGCAACCAUUCUUCGUCAAUGCCCCGUACGGCCUGUCUAUGAGUGUCAAUGGAAACCUGGUAAACACACCGGAGCUCGUUAGAUUUUUGGACUGUGAGGCUCGAAGACAUGUAAACACCGACUCAGAUUCAGAACUCUUGCUCAACAUCUUUGCCCAUGGCCUGAGCGAAAUUGGCAAGGUCCGAGCGAACGUUGAGGAUGUCUUCACCGCGCUGCGAGAAGUAUACACGAGAUGCCACGGUGCCUUUGCUUGUACUGCCAUGAUUGCUGGCUUUGGAAUCUUGGGCUUCCGCGAUGAAAACGGUAUCAGGCCGCUCUGCCUGGGAUCUCGACCCUCUGAAACGCUUGAAGGUGCUAUGGAUUACUUUAUGGCUUCGGAGUCUAUUGCCCUGACCCAACUCGGAUUCAAGAACAUUGUCGACAUCUUGCCUGGACAAGCCGUUUUCAUUCCGAAAGGAGGAGAUCCCCAGUUCCAUCAAGUCGUGGAGAGGAAAUCAUACACGCCCGACCUUUUCGAAUUCAUCUACUUUUCAAGGCCGGACAGCACUAUUGACGGAAUGUCUGUCCACCAUACCCGACAGAACAUGGGUUACAAGCUGGCAAAGAGGAUGAGACAAGUUUUGGGGGAAGAAGAGAUUCGCAACAUUGACGUUGUCAUCCCAAUUCCAGAGACAAGUAACACAGCUGCUGCUACACUUGCUAUGGAGUUGGACAAGCCAUUUUCCAACGCCUGGAUCAAGAAUCGAUACGUAUACCGUACAUUUAUUGUCCCCGGCCAGAAAGCACGGCAAAAGAGUGUUCGUCGCAAACUCUCGCCUAUUGCAUCCGAGUUCAAAGACAAAAUCGUUUGCAUGGUCGAUGAUAGUAUUGUACGCGGAACGACCUCUCGCGAGAUUGUUCAAAUGGCCAGAGAAUGCCAGGCCAAGAAGAUCAUCAUUGUGUCUUGUUGUCCAGAGAUCACUCAUCCUCACGUCUACGGCAUUGAUCUUGCCGAUCCAAUUCAACUACUCGCCCACGGCAGGACGCUAAAAGAGAUGACCGACCUCAUCCAGUGUGACACUCUGGUCUUUCAAACGCUUGAGGAUCUGAAAGAUGCUUGUUUAGAAGCGAAAGACGACAAGAGCGAAGUUAAUGAUUUCGAAGUUGGUGUCUUUUGCGGCCAAUACAAGACCCCGGUGCCCGAUGACUACUUCCCGCAUGCGAAUGGAGUUGACGGGAACAAAAAGAGGAAGAGCGCGGCCAUUACAGAAGUAGGGGGAGAUUCCGACGCCGUCUUGGUUGCGAGCAGUGGCCCUGUGAACGUCAAACUCCCACGCGGGUCGAUGGAUGAGGCUGUCCCCAAGGGACCGGAGUACCGAGAAGAUGUCAGUAUUUAUAACUUUGCAAGCAGGUCUUGA